CAUUGCUCCAAUCCCCCUCUAUACAGUUCUCCGUAACCUAAUGACUCAUGCUUAUUAAGAGGAAUGAAUGUCUACAAGGAUCCGACUACUGGAGACCAGACUUGAUCGAACAUCCGUGAAAUUCCGAUGAGUCAACUUGCUAUUGCGUCAUCAGUUUUUAUGGUUCGUCAGAACCGUUCUGUCGAGCGAUAAAAACUCUAUAGACGCCAGCGGUGACCUCAGAGCCCUCUUAAAAGCUCACACCGUGCGACCAUCAACCGUCGCUGAAUCUAUGAAAGAAGAGAACAAGCCUUGGAGAAUCCGAAGAUGAUGCAAUUCGCAGCGGGUGCCAUUCUAGCUGUUGCCCUUACUGCCUUGUCGUUCACGAAAGCAUCGUCGCCUGGAGAAGUGUAUGUUGACCCUCUACUGUACAAUGUUGUGGGAGCAAACUACACAAAAUGGCGCAACUCGUCCGCUGUUGGCUUCAACCCCACGAAUACUUCACCCCCAUUCAUUCAGGUCUUUGACCCCUCAUUUUUCGAAGUCACCGGAUCAUCUGCCACAAUUCGCUCAAUUGCUUCGAAUCCUGGCUUUGCUUUUGCUCAUGAAGCACCCAUCUACGUUCCGGAUCUCAACGUCGUCUUCUUUGCAAACACUGGUGGUGUCACACUUGGGUACAAUGGCUGGUAUAACAACAGCGUUGUUAGCAUGAUCAAUAUGACAGAAGUCGAUACGGCGCUGGCUUCUACAACUGGAGAUGUAAACAUUCAGGUUCAGACGCUCAACCUCUCCGACACUGUCCAAAUGGUCAACGGGGGGACAGGCCCAUACAAAGGAGACCUUUUGUUUGUCACUGCAGGUCGUGCUUUACUUCCUCCUUCGGUUGUGCGCGUCAAUCCCAACUCUCCCUACAACACAACUGUUCUUCUCGACAACUUCUUAGGCAGACAGUUCAACUCGCUCAAUGACGUUAAAGUUCUUCCAGGCACGGACAUAAUAUUCUUCACUGAUCCUCCUUACGGGUGGCUUGGUGGUUUCCGCCCUGAACCAAUGAUGCCUUCGCAAGUUUACCGCUUUGAUCCAUCCACUGGGCAGGUGAGAGUCAUCGCUGAUCAGUUUGUGCAUCCGAAUGGUAUUGCGUUCACUCCUGGCGGCAAGACUGCAUAUAUCACCGACACGGGUGUUGCAGGAGGCUUCCUCGGAUCGAACCAAACCCUUCCCGCCACGAUCUAUCAGUUCGACGUUGACCCAUCGACCCAGUCGUUCGCGAACCGCAGAGUGUUCGCCUAUACUGACUCCGGUGCGCCCGAUGGCAUUCAGGUCGAUAGCAAGGGCAACGUUUAUUCCGGUUGCGGUGACGGUUUUCACGUCUGGAAUCCCGAAGGCACGCUCAUUGGGAAGUUCUAUCUAAACGCCACUUCACCUCAACUGGUGUUCACGAAGUCAGGUCUCGUCCUUUUGGAGCAAACGUCAAUGUAUCUGGUAAACAUCCAGGCUCAGGGGAUGAACCUAGCCACGUUGUAGCUUUCUGUGUUCCACCGUGCGUGUUAUAUUAGAUGUUCAUAGAGGUAUGUUAGCGGCGCCUGUGCGCUAACAUUGUUUGUUCAUAAUACUGCUACUACCGGUCACUCAAUAUUCAAUUUCAGUGUAUCCUUGUGAUUUGUAACCACCAACUUUUGACGAAGAACUUUUGAUGUCGACAACCAAGCUUGAUCUGAGCCAACCUAAUUACAUUCAAGAGUUUUUCGAGAGGAUAUUAUCAUCCGGCGGGUAUGUA